AUGACGGCGCAGUCAGCGUCCAAAGACGCAGCAGAGCGAGCUGCGGAAGACGCAUCCCUGGGGCUGCUGCCGGCGCAGCAGCAGCAGCAGCUGGAGCAGCAGCAGCAGCAGCAGCAGCAGGAGCCGGUGCAGCAGCAGCAGCCUUCUAACUUGACGAGGAGCUCCACACUGACAUCAACAGCAGCUGCCCCACCAGAAGAAACACCGCAGCAGACAAUGCAGCAUCCGUCUCAGCAGCAGCAGCAGCAACAGCAACAGCAGCACCACCAGCAGCAACAGCAGCAGCAGCAGCACCACCACCACCUCCAGCAGCAACAACAGCAGCAGCAGCAGCAGCAGGAGGUGUUUGGUAUCCUGACAUGGAACGUGGCUGGGUGGCGUUCGGCUGUUGCGGCGCUGCGGCGAGAUUUUUCGUCGAUCGAAAAUUUUCUACAAAAAAUGCACUGCGACUUUCUCUGUCUGCAGGAAGCAAAGACAGCAGCAAAACUGCUGCAGGAGGAUCCCCGAGCUGUUGGGGCGACGCUGAGGGGCUUCGACACCUUCUGGUGCUGCUGCGCCACGCAGGCAAGAAGAGGACUCAUGGGGCAGACGCCCAGCCCUUCAGCCGCUUCCUACCCCCCAUACAUGCAACAGCAGCAGCAGCAGCAGCAGCAGGAGCAGCAGCAGAAGCAGGAGCAGCAGCAGCAUCAACAGCAGCAGCACCUAGAGAAGCAGCCACAGGAGUGGGAGCAGCAGACAGCAAAACAGAUACCCCAGAAGGGGCUGCAGCAGCAGCAGAAACAGCAGCAGAAACAGCAACCGGAGACACUGCAGCAACAGCAAACGCAGCAGCAGCAGCAGCAGCAGCAGCAGCAACAACAGCAGCAGAAGUGGAAUUGUUAG